UGUGCGGUUCAGCAAAACAGUAAAAGGUGAAUGAAUGGACGAAUGGGUAGUAUAAAAUGACAAAAAAUUUGUUAACAAUCCGAAUAUUUACAGAGGAUGGGCUCUAUCGUUUAGAUGUCGACCAAACACUCUCUUGUAUUGAUUUUAAAAGAAAAGUAGAAGAAAGAUGUAACCUGUCUAGCAAACAAGUUCUUUGUAUUUUCUUAGAUUCCAAAUAUGAAAAAGAACUGCCGUGCACUUCCAAUGUUUCCAUUGAGAAAUAUGUUACCAACGGACAGACGUUGUAUACUCGUCUCAUAGGAAACGACAACAGUGAAUUACCAGAUGACAAUAAUUUGAAAGAAAGCGAAUCUUCAGAACUUUCAAAAGUACAAGUCACUCAAAACCCAGAGGAUUCUGUUAAAGAAUCAACUUCAAAGCCACAUUUUGUUUCUUUUGACCACUACUUAAGCUGUUCUGGGUACAAUACAUUGGAUCUUCCUUUAUCGCGAGUUUUUAAGCCGCAACCUCUUGUAAGAGGAACGGCAACAACAAUUCCUACAUCCGCUACAUUAAAGCAUCAGUCUUAUCGAUGUGUUGAUCAUAUAGAAUUUCGCAAUGUUCAAGAAAUGAAUCAAUUUGUUAACUACUGGGGAAGAGAGCAUAAUAUGGAAGAACAACGUGCAGGGUUUUUAUACGGCUUCUUUAUUGAUGAUCCUCAUUACCCAAUGGGUAUUCGCGUUGUCGUAGAAGCGAUUUACGAACCACCACAGGUCGAUAAAAAUGGUGAAAUAUUUCUACUAGAAGAUCCUCAAAAGCAUGUCGUUGAUCGUAUAGCCAACGCUCUUCAAAUUGAAUGCGUUGGAUUCAUUUUUACUCAUUUACCCAGGGAGGAUCUUUUUUCACCAGAGGAUCUUAUACGAGCUGCAAGGUUCCAAUUAGAUUAUUUAAAGGACGCUCCUAAACAUUAUACGGGUUAUCCGGUUGCCCCUUUUGUUUCCGUUACAAUUUCUCCGGAUAUGGAAAACAAUUCCUUUCAAACUAACGCGUUUAUUAUUUCCGAUUUAGGAUUAGCUUUAGUACGAGACAAUUUAAUUACAACCAUGGAAAACAGUACAAGGCUGCUUAUUAAACCAGCACCACCGAAUAUGCUUUUACCGCAAAUUUUGGAGGGUGGCAAAAUUGUCACAACCAUAGACCCACAUUGGUUUGUCGUUCGUGUAAAUGACUCUGCACCAAAACAACUUAAAAGUAUGUUCUCGUCUUGGUCUUUUUCUGUCGAAAACCGUAAUGACCCCUACAACCCUCCAGACGUUAUUGCACAUCUUAGUAAACCUACAACGACUCCAAAUGAAAUAUAUGCUGAUUUUCAUUUUAUUCUUUAUAUUUCAACCUUAUUUGAUGAGGAAACAGCAAAGCUGAUUUGCAAAGCAGUUGUCACUCAAAAACCUUUGGAUCCGUCUGUCGAGGAGACUUUUCGAGUGCUUAAAGCUUCCGUUUACUAAAUGAGUGCUUAAUUUUUUUUUAAAGUUUUGUAUUUAUUUUUAUAGAAAAAAACAUGUUUAUUUUUAAUGUGUUGACAUCACUUUGUUACUCUCAAAAUUUACUACCGUCCAUCCGUUAUUGCAGUUUACCCCUUUAAAAUUUUGCAUAUUUAUUUCUUAUUACCUAUAAAUGUUCUUUCUUGUUAGAAUAUUUUUCUCUACUCUUGUCAUAAAAUUUGAGGGUCUGUUUUGUCGUUAUCAACGAAAAAAAAAUAAUAACACCAAGUUUUAAUUAAAAAACGAAAA